AUGCCGAGGGGAGAGCUCCAAGCCAAAGGGGAAACGAAGCGCCGCAAGGGAGGUGAUGGCGACACGAAGGAAGAGCGGCUAGAUCGACCGAACGCGCGCCUGAGCAUAAUCAAGGACAAGUCAUGGAACAGCGAAAGCAUGUUUAAUAGCAUCCUGUUCAGCAACCUAUCGAAGGAACAAAUCAAAAUAGUACAGGUUCCCCUUAACAGGAAUUUAUGUAUCAUUGCCUGUCCAGGGUCAGGCAAAACAUCCACGCUGACGGCACGCAUUAUCAGGAGUAUCAUCGAAAAAAAAAAAUCUGUUGUGUGUAUAACCUUCACCAAUUAUGCAGCCAACGACUUGAAGGAAAAAAUAACAAAAAAGAUUAACUGCUUGAUAGAUCUAUAUUUAGACACAGAUGUGAGGUGCAAACUCUUUACCGACAAAACAUUUAGGAAGAAAUGCGACACGAGUACCAAGAUCCACAGUAAGACUAAGCUCAAAGUGUUGCACACGGUUAUGUUUAUAGGGACGAUCCACUCCUUCUGUAGGUACCUCCUGUUCAAGUACAAAGGAGCUUUUAAAAUAUUAACAGAUUUUAUCAGUUCAAAUAUCAUUAAGCUAGCUUUUAAUAAAUUUUAUGCUUCUUUUUUGAAGGGUAAAUCUAGCCAGGGGAUGGGAGUGAAUUGUGUCGGGUCAGGCAAAGAGACAGGGGAUGAGCACAAGGGGUCUUUCGAUUUGAUGAGCUUUUUUAGCACUUUGAAGAAAAGCUUCAGUGAGAGGGACGCGCGGGAGAUAGAGGACGAGGCGGAGGGGCAGGGCGAUGGGGAUGGUGAUUACGAUGGGGAAGACGAUGACUAUGACGAUGACGAUGGUGACCACUUUUACAACUACCUCUACCACGUGAAACAUGCGAACGAGAGGAAGGACCACUUCGAGCAUGCGGACAUCCCAAGCAUCCUCAAAAAGAAACACGUUUUAUUUUUGAAGAAAAAAAUAAAACUCUUCAAAUAUGUGGAGCUGUACCAGAUGAAGAUCGAAAUGAACCCCGUGGAGUCAAAGUUCUACGCGGAGUACAAAAGGGUCUUGCAGAAUGCAAAACACAUUUACUACGACUUCGAUGAUUUGCUCAUCGAGACGUAUAGACUGAUGAAGGAGGAUGAGCGUAUCAGGGAUAGAAUCCUGGACGAGUGGCAUUACAUGUAUUGUGAUGAGUUCCAGGAUAUCAACACGACGCAGUUCAACAUUCUGCAGUUUUUUGCCAAUGGGAGUCGCGGCAGGGGUGCGGCGGGGAGCGGGGGGACACGCAGCGCAAACCGUCCAAAUGGGGGAAACCACCCCAGUGGGGCGAACCACCCAAGUGGGGCCAUCCCGCCAGGCAGGGCCCACGAGUCGGACAGGAGCCUCACCGUCAUCGGGGACGACGACCAAUCCAUUUACUCCUUCAGGGGUGCCCACAUUAACGUAUUCGACAAAAUUAUACGAGAACACAACUGCCUUCUGUUCAAACUUGGCACCAAUUUUAGAAGUACCAAAGAAAUCGUCCGAGUUUCUUGCAACCUGAUUUUGCACAAUGCCAGUUGCAGAAUAGCAAAGGAGUUACGCACGAAUAACGUGCAGGGAGAGAAGGUAAGCUUCCAUGCCUUCAAAACGAACAAUGACCAGGUAUCCUUUAUCUUGAGCCAAAUAAUUUUUUUAAAAAAAAAGUACAGCUAUAAGUUUGGCGAUUUUGUUAUCCUGUCUAGGACGAACAGGACAUUGAAGGAGACUCUCAAGUGCAUGCACAGCGUGGAUGUCAGGAGGAGGGCGGUGAAGUUCUUUCGCGAGCUGGGCAAGGCGGAGAGGGGUGCGCCUAGAUGUGGGGCAGGGGGGGCGGCAGGAUGUGCGGCAGGAUGUGCGGCAGGAUGUGCGGCAGGCGGAGGAAUAGCCGGGGGGACAACCGUCGGGACAGCCGUCGGGACAGCCGGCGGGGCAGCCGGCGGGGCAGCCGGGGGGGACCAGCACUGGGCGGACGUAACCACAGACACAUUCAAAAUACCAAUCAAAGAGCUGAACAAAAAGAAGUCCUUCUUCGGGUCGAAAGAAAUAGUGGAGUUAAUAACUGUCCUAAGGUUCCUCCUCAACGUGGACGAUGACAUCAUAUUGAAGAAGGCUUUCAAGAUUGUAAAAAACGACAAGGCGGUGCGGGGCAUCCUGGACAAGCUGGAAAGCAGCGACUUUGGCGGCAUCGCGCAAGAGGGGCAAGCAUCCUCAACUGUGAAAGAGGCAUCCUCACCUGUGAAAGAGAGGAGCCAAUUGAACGGAGACGAGGUCCACCAAUUGGAUAUGUUCACAGAAGGGGAGAUAAAAAAAAUUCUAGACUUUUUUUUUUGUGUAAAUUAUUUUUUAAAAUUCGCUUCACAACCCAACUCUGUGUACAGCCUGGUGAUGGACCUGCUCAGCAAAACCAGUUUCGUGAAAAGGACUCUCAAAAGGAUUAGGCGGAGACGGGACGCCGAGGUGGAAGGGGAGCAGGGGGAGGAGCGGAAGAGGCUGGAUGAGCUGGAGCAGCGGGAGGAACGGAAGAGGCUGGAUGAGCCGGAGGAGCGGGAGGAACGGAAGAGGCUGGAUGAGCCGGAGGAGCGGAAAAAGCUGGAUGAGCCGCAGCAUCGGGAGGAGCCGGAGCAGCGGAAGAAGCGCUCCUUCGACGAGUGCACGGGUGACAGCGAUGCGAGCCACCCCGACCUCGUGAACGAACUCAAAAUUAAGCGAGAUCUCCGCACGCACUUCGGACUCAGCGAAGAAGACCUCGCGGAACACGAAAUGCAAAAUAUAUUCGUCCUCUUAGAGAUGACAAUGGAAUACAAGCCAAACCAGAUAAAUGAGAAAUGCUCAGACUGUCUGAUUUCCUUCCUGAACGAUUUUAAGAAUAACAUACACGACAGGAUGUUAGUGGAGAAGGUGACCCUGACGACAAUCCACAAGUCGAAGGGGUUGGAGUGGAAGGUGGUCUUUAUUGUCAAUGCUAUGGAAGGGGAAAUGCCUCAGACGGCGGAGAGUAAUAGGGACAUAAUUGAGGAGCGGAAAAUUUUUUAUGUAGGCAUUACUAGGGCCAAGUUUUUCUUGUACCUGCUCUGCUUCUUGCAGAACAGUCACACGGCGGAGAAGAACACCGUGUCGAGGUUCGUCAGUCAGAUGGCCAUUUGA